AUGCUGGAUUAUCGGUCGCAAGAAGAUGAUGUCGACGACAAAUCGUUAUGCAUAUCUCCGUCAAGGAUGCGUACAAUGAUGAAAAGCUCACCGGAUGUUGACUGCGUCAGCACUGAAUCAGUUAUUUGUUUAAUUAAAGCAACGGACUUAUUUAUUAGAGAAUUGGUUUUACUAUCAAAAGCUGAGAACACUAACGAAAUUACAUAUCAUCAGCUUUCGCGACUUCAGACGAGCUUCUCUCGAUACUCAUUCCUGUCUGACAUACUACCUCGCAAAAUUACUGCCAAGGAGUGGAAUGACAAAUACAAGAAACUGUUCCUGUCUUCCUAG